AAACAUUCCCCAUUUCAUUGCCCCUUCUCCCGCUCCCUCCCUCCCCACCACCCGCAGCUUCCGGCGCCGACAGGGAACGAUACCCCGCCCCCCCGCCGCCGCUGCCCAUGGACUCCUCCUCCGAUAACUUCGUGGCGCCGGUAGACGAGCGCCAGGACCCACCGCUCCCGAACCCUAGCGAGGAGGAAGCGGGCGGCGAGGAGAAAGAGCGGGGAGAGGAGAAAACCCUAGAGCGGGCGGAGGAGCUGUUUGACAAGGGGUCCAAGGCCAUCGAGGAGGGGGACUUCGUCGUCGCCGUCGACCGCCUCAGCCGCGCCCUCGAGAUCAGGGUUGAACGUUAUGGAGAACUUGCUUCAGAGUGUGCUAGCACGUAUUAUAAAUAUGGAUGUGCCUUGCUAUACAAAUCACAGGAGGAGACCGAUCCUCUGGGUAAUGUUCCAAAGAGUGCACCAGAUGAAGAACCAGCGAAGAGCACAACGAAUAAAGAUAGUGGAAACUCAAAGGCAUCCAGUAGCAACGUCAAAGAUGACGAUCCAUCUUCAGACAAAGGUGGUCUUGAAGGUCAAAACUCAAAUGAGAAAGAUCAGGAGGAUGUAGAUGGUGAGAGUGACAAGGAUGGCGAUGAGAUGGGGGGAGAAGAAGAUGAUUCUGAUUUGGAUCUAGCCUGGAAAAUGUUAGAUAUUGCAAGGGCAAUAGUGGAGAAGAACCCAGACAACACUAUGGAGAAAGUGAAAAUCUUUUCUGCUCUAGCUGAAGUCUCCAUGGAAAGAGAGGACAUAGACAACUCACUUGGUGACUACUUCAAAGCUUUGGCCAUCUUGGAGCAUUUGGUUGAGCCUGACCAUCGUCGAAUUGUUGAACUACACUUCCGCAUUUGUUUGGUCUAUGAGUUGGCAUCUAAGAUUGCAGAUGCGAUCCCAUAUUGUGCAAAGGCUGUUUCAUUGUGCAAGUCACGUUUAGAGAGCCUGAAAAAAGCGAAGGCAACCUUGUUGGCUGAUAAAGGUGACAGUGCAUCUACUGCUGAUGGAGACUCAAAGAAAUUGUCUAUUGAAGAUGAGCUGGAGGUUGUUACUGGUAUAUUGCCUGACCUUGAGAAGAAGCUUGAAGACCUGGAGCAAGCAAUGGCAACCCCAAGCUCUGAAAUAGAGGAGAUUAUGAAAAGCAUUGCCGCAAAGGCAGGGUUUAUGCAGAAGGCUGGCAAUGCCGUGGCACCAAGAGCUGCAUCUUUGACUUCUUCACAAAUGGGUGGAGUAAACAAUGGCUUUGACUCCCCAACUAUGUCUACAGCAGCAACAUCCGGAAGCACUGGAAGUACUGUUACCGACCUCGGUGUUGUAGGCAGAGGCAUCAAGCGAGCUAAUAUCAAGCCUAUUUCUGCUGAACCUUGUUCGAAGAGACUGGCAGCAGAUGAUUCACCAUCUGUGAAAUGCGACAGCAGCAACAACUCAGAUGUUCUCCCCACGGCGCAAGAUGGCGAGGGUUCCGUAUCAAAGUAGAGUUCAUUUUCAUUCGCCCUACAUCGUGUUAGUAACUUGCUGGAAUCUGUGAGCUCCAUAUUUGGCCCUGUUUAGCUUAAUGCAAACUUAGAGCCGUUAAAAUGUUUGUGAAUUGCGGGAACCAUCUUCUCUUAAGUUGUACUAGUAGCGUGAACUGGUGAUAAGUUUAUCAAGCGAGACAGUUGUCGGUGUCUGACGCGUGUAAGGCGAUUUGUGCUUUUCCAAAUUCGUGUUUCUACCUAUGGGAUCUUGUUUAUUUAGUGA